AUGGCAUCAGAGCCAGUCAUGGCAACUAAUGAUCCUGAUAAAGAAAAUAGGCAGCGAGACAACAAGAAAAAAGAUGCUAAGGCACUGGUAUUUAUCCAGCAUGCUGUCCAUGACAACGUUUUUUCACGAAUCGCAACAGCAACUACAUCAAAGCAAGCCUGGUCCAUUCUGCAGAAAGAGUUUCAAGGAGAUUCAAAGGUCAUUGUGGUGAGACUGCAAUCACUUCGGCUUGACUUUGAAACCUUGAUGGUGAGAAGUGGUGAAUCUAUUGCUAGUUUUCUGUCAAGAGCAAUGACAAUUGCGAGAAUCAAUCGAUCAGUAGAGAAGAAUGAAGAAAAGGCAUUCCAAGUGAAAGACGCAACUACUAAAUAUGGAGACAAUAAUGGUCCAGUAAGUAGAGGUCGAGGAAGAAGAGGAUUUUGCGGUGGUCGAGAUCGUAGUUAUCGAAGAGGCAGAGGAAGAAAUAAUGGGCAUAGGCAGUCCAAUGAGCAAGGCAACAUAAAGAAUGAUGUUCAAUGUCAUCACUGCCACCGCUAUGGGCAUAUAAAGGCUGAUUGGGCCAAAUCUAUGUUCAGAGACCUUGAUGAGAAACAAAAGAAAAAGGUGCAACUUGGCAACACAAAAGAGAUGCAGCUUGAAGGAAAAUGCAAGGUGGCUGUAGACACUAUCCACGACAAAGUAAAAAUGUUGGAUGAUGUUCCAUUCGUACCAGAUUUAGGAUUCAAUUUGUUAAGUGUUGGACAACUAAUGGGUAAUGGAUAUUCUCUUUUGUUUGAUGAUGAUGUUUGUGUCAUUACAAACAAGAAGUCGGGAAAAAAGACUAAGUCCUUAGGUGGAAGUCGUUACUUCUUGUUGUUUACUGACGAUUAUAGUCACAUGAGUUGGGUGUAUUUUCUGGAGAACAAGUCUGAAAAUUUGAAAAGUUUCAGAAAUUUAAAACUUUGGUGGAAAACCAAAGUAGCUGCAGUAUCAAAGUUCUUCGCACAGAUAGAGGAGGAGAGUUCGUGUCCAAGGAAUUCAAUUUGUUUUGUGAAAAAAGUGGUAUCCAUAGGGAGUUAA